GGAGGCCGAUCCAAUAAAUGAUUGGGAAAUGACAACUGCAAGUAACCCUAUUAAUAUUGUAGUUGUUGGGAAGGCUGGUAACGGCAAGAGUGCAACAGGCAACAGCAUUCUUGGAAGGGAAGCCUUCAUUUCGAAGCUUAGCCCUUCAGGAGUAACAAGUACUUCUGAACUACAAGGAACUAUUUUGAAUGAUGGUCGUAUUAUCAAUGUUAUAGACACUCCAGGUUUGUUCGAUUUUUCUAUUAAUUCUGAUGUAAUAAGUAGGGAGAUAGUCAAAAGCAUUGAUUUAGCCAAGGAUGGUAUUCAUGCUAUAAUCAUGGUUUUGUCUGUUGGAUCUCGCUUUACAAGGGAAGAGCAGGCUGCCGUUGAGAGUAUGAAAUCACUUUUUGGUGAUGAGAUUGUUAACUACAUAAUUCUAGUUUUCACUGGUGGGGACUCCCUGGAAUCUAAACAACAAAGCUUGGAGGACUAUAUUAGCCUUUGUCCAGAACCUCUGAGGAACCUCAUUAAAUUGUGCAAAAAUAGAUUAAUCAUUUUUGAUAAUACCACAAAGGAUAUGAUGAAGAGAGAGGGACAAGUAAAUAAGCUGCUUUCUCUUGUUGAAUCUGUUAUUUCAGACAAUGGUGGAAAACCAUACUCAAAUAAGAUGUUUGUAGAACUCAAGGAAGGAUAUUUACUUCGACACCACAAGGAUGAAGAGGCUAAAGCUAAAGAAGGUUGGUCCAAAGAUGAGUUAUCUAAUGUUAUGAAAGAGAACAGUAAACUAUACAAUGAUCAACUGAAGCGUGUAACUGAGAUGGUCGAAGAAAAACUUAAGUUAACAAUAGAAAGCUUCAGUAAGCAACUGGCUGAAGAGCAAGCUACACGACUGGAAGCAGAGAAGCUUGCCAGAGAAUCACGGAAGGAGUCGGAUGAGGAGAUUCGAAAGUUCAAAGAGAAGCUAAAUGAGGCUCAUCUUGAAGCAGAAAGGCUUGCUGGAAAAUCCCGGAAGGAAUCAAAUGAGGAGAUUCAGAAGCUAAAAGAAAAGCUAAAUGGGACUCUGAAAGAAGCAGAAAGGCUUGCUGAAAAAUCACGGCAGUCAAAUAAGCAGAUUCAGAACCUCAAAGCAGAGCUGAAUGAGACUAGGAGGCAAUCUGACGAUUUCAGAAGGCGUGUUGCUGCUGAACAACAAAAAUGUGCUAUCUUAUGAAAUGUGAUAUCUUGGUUAUGAAACUAUAUCUAUUUAAUUUUCUAUGAAGAAGAACAUAGCAUUUUUCAUUUUAUUUCGUCCAAUGACUUAAGGCUUUA